UUGUGCUCACUCACCAUGCGCAAUCGUUCUGUUGCGGUCUCUGCGCUCGCGACGGUGCUCGUGCUUGCAUGUGCGAGCGCCGUCCAAGCAGAGUACGUCGAGCAGCGUCCAGGCUACCACUUCACUCCGCCAGAGGACUGGAUGAACGACCCGAACGGGCCCAUGUACCUCAACGGAUUGUACCAUUUGUUUUACCAGUCGAAUCCGUUCGACCCGUGGUGGGCCACCAUGCACUGGGGCCACGCCGUCUCAACCGACCUCUUCCACUGGCAGCAUCUCCCCAUUGCACUCAGUCCCGACCAAACGUACGAUGCGAACGGCGUCUUCUCUGGAAGUGCUACCAUCAUUGAGGACGGAAUGCCAGUGCUCAUGUACACGGCAGUCGAUGAUUCGAACUUUGAAACACAAGCGGUCGCCUACCCGGCCAACAUCAGCGAUCCGUUCUUGACCAACUGGACGAAACCGUACUUCAACCCGAUUGUGCCUGACGGCAUCUUGCCUGACUUUGUCGACCCUUACAAUGUGCGCGAUGACACGACUGCGUGGAAUGGGAACGGCGGCGCUUGGUUUGCCCUGAUUGGAGCCAAGCUCGACUACCCAAACACGACAAACGUCAACGUCUCGUACGGCGGCGCCCUGCUUGUCACGUCGGCAGCCUACGGUGGCUUGAGCAAAUGGGAGUACGUCAAGGUCUUCCACACAAACACGUAUGGUGGAGAUAUGUGGGAGUGCCCUGACUUUUACCCCGUCAACCGGUCGGAUCCCAACUCCCUUUGGGUCAUGAAGGCAUCGGCCAAUGGCGGCGAUACUUGGGCGACCUUCCACUACUCUCCGGCGUCGCAAAAACUGACUCUGGCCAGCAACGAUAUUGCCUACGACGAGUACCAGGCGUACGAUCUCGGCUGGUCGUUCUACGCGUCGAAAUCCUUCUACGACCCGCUGAUCCAGAGCCAAGUCGUGUUUGGAUGGCUGCGUGAGGAAGACAACGAUGCAACGACGCGCGGCUGGGCCUCUGCGCAAACUGUGCCCCGUGUUGUCUCCCUGGACACGGACGGUGUUUCCAUCCUCCAAAACCCGCACCCCAACAUUUUGUCGCUUCGCUCGAACAAUGUCACCUACACCAACCUGCCCGUGUCCUCCAACAUGCCGUAUCGCCUUCCGCUCAUUGCCGACCAAGCGGACAUUGAGUUUUCCGUCAGCCUCCCGUACCCGCUGCCUUCGUCGGAGAUUGAGCGCGUCAUGACACCCGAAAUGGUGCUCAAGCGCUACAACAUGACUGUCUCGAACGACUCUAUCAUUUAUGGUGUCAACGUGCGCGUGUCGAACGGGGGCGAAGAGUCCACGCCGCUCUACUUUGCCAUCGACCCCUCCGCGCUCUCUGCGGAUGCCAUCGCCAAGGCCGCGCCCGCCAGCCCAUUCAUUGCGCAGUUUGGCUUUACGCGCACAUCGAGCUCUCAGACCAACCAGGGCAGCACCACCCCCAUCAACGGCCACGUCAAGGUUGACCGCCCGACCGGCUCGCAGGGCUCGAUCACCUUCUCGAUGCGCGCUCUGGUCGACCACUCGGUUGUCGAGGUCUUUGUUCAGGGUGGACGCGUGCGCGCCACCGGUCGCAUCUACCCCGUCCGUGCCGACUCGAUGUUUAUCGAAGUCUUCUCCGAGCAAACGAUCGCCUCGCAGAGCAUCAACAUUAAGGCAUACCAGCUGCUGGACUCGAUGCCUGCGCCGCCGAUUCCGUAAUCUCACGUGUGGGGCAAGCGUGGGCUUUCGUUUUCGUUUUUGUUGUUUGUUCUCAGCUUUUUUUUUUUUGUGUGUUUUUCCACCCUUUUGUUUUUUGUUGGUUGGUUCUGCCAUGUUGAUAGCUCUUCGUGUCCCAAAUCUUGGGGCGUUUUUUUUCUCUGCGGUUUGUUUGCCGGUGGAUGUUGUGUGCUCAAACUUGAAUGCGCAAUGACUGUAAUUAGAGACAACAACAACAAGAAAAAAAAAAAAAAAAAAAACACACA